AUGAGAAUGAAGACGAACGGCACAAACCGGCCUAAUCAGCUUGCAGAUGAAGGCGAAACUACUAUGAAUGGCGUGAACACCGUCUCAUCAGUCAAAGUCAAAAACAAAUCAUGGAUAGCGAGUGUGAUCAAGGAAUCCACAAACUCAUUACAAUCCUCCAUCGACGAGGCCGCAGAAACCCAUCGCAUGCUCAUUCACAUGAAAGGCAUCUCAGCUCUCACCAAGAAUACCAUAGAAAAGAAGCAACCCAGUCCAGAUGCUACUGAAAUCGUUGACUUUUGCCUCAUCUGUGAGAAGCAGGUCUCUAGGAUCACGCAUCUGCUCUCACUACGCCAGCAAAAAGUGCAGCAGGAGGAAAAGCGAUUUUACAAGGUCUUGGAGUAUGCUGAGCUCUGGAAAAAGAAUAGGCGAGGUCAUGCUACACUUUACGAGCAGAGAUUGGCGACGACGAUAUCUGCUGAGUUCAAUGCGGGUGGUCGGAACGCAAUGGAUGAGGCUCGGGAAGCGGAGAUUGAGGUUGCCAUUGAAGGAUUGAAAGCCCUGGCAGAUGAUUUCAGGAGGGCCGGGAUGGCUUUGGAUUUUUCUUGA